AUGUCAGAUCCAGGAGCAAGCAGCCACUUCCACUGGACGAACGCUCAGUGUUUGCACAAACCAUGCAGACAACUCGAUAUCAAGAUUGAUUUUGUGAUUUUAAUUGUCAUCUCUUCAUCAUUUCCAAGGAUGGUUCAGAUCUCACUAGCAGGGAACAACAUGGUUUCUUGUCCGGCGCCUCACCAAAUAUGCACUAACCUGAUUGAUACCAUCCAUGACUGGAGCACAGCUCUCUGCAAAGGGAAUUCUGUUAAAGUGAUAUCAACUUAUCGAAGACUCGAUAGUUUGUCACAAUUUGCUGUUAACGAAGUUAGAAACUACUGGAAUCGGAGGAUAUGCAUAUUCCAACAAAUUCCGCUGUAA